UUUCGUCUCUGUGCGUGAUGUGCGUCAAAGCUUCCAACAAGAAGAAAAAAUAGAACUUUUGUCAGAGUGACUUGUUCUUCCUUGACUUCUUCAGGCUCACGAGCGUUCGCCCAGGGUCUUGGGCUCACGAGCCUUCGGUCCUUCUGGAAUGGCUGCUUGCAAAUCUAGUGAGCUGCUAGCACGGAACUACACGGGAGUACCUGGAUUGUUCGAUGUUCUUCCAGAUGGAUCCGUUAUAAGGUCCGAUAUCCUCUCUCCUUCCAUAGCUGCAAACUCGAGUAGCUUCACGCGAGAUGUGCUCGUAGACCGCGGCACCGGCCUCCAAGUUAGAAUCUUCCUCCCUGCCGCUCACUCGGCCUGUAAGGCUUCGACCCUCUCGAUCAUCGUCUACUUCCAUGGAGGAGGCUUCUGUAUGUGGACCGCCGACACUCUCUACGUCCAUAACUUCUGCGCGAAGUUGGCUCGAGCAGCACACGCGCUGGUUGUCUCGGUCAGUUACAGGCUAGCUCCCGAGCACCGGCUUCCAGCGGCUUACGAAGAUGGGGCUCGAGUUCUCCAGUGGCUGGCUGGUCACAAGGAUUCCUCUCACUCGUUUAAGUUGGACGAGCCCCUGGAUCCCUGGAUCGUGUCCCUGGCAGAUUUCUCGCAGUGUUUCCUCAUGGGAGAGGGCGCUGGAGCCAACGUGAUCCACCACGUCAUGCUGGGCCGGAGAGAAAAGUCGCUGCCUGUGCACGGCCUGAUUCUAGUGCAUCCGCUUUUCGGUGGCGAGGAACGGACUCCCUCGGAGGUGGAGCUCGAGAAGACGGAUAUGGCUGCACCCAUUGACAUGCUUGACGAGUUCUGGAAGUAUUGUCUGCCGCUGGGAGCUGAUAGAAACCACCACUUCUCCAAUCCUUUUGGGGACGAGGUGGCCAAGAGUCUGUCCGAUGCCGAGUUUCCACGGGCUCUGCUCGUUGUCGCUGGCCGGAGCUCUCUGCAGGACAGACAAUUCGAGUACUUCAACCUCUUGAAGAGUCUUAACAAAGACGUGCUGCUCUUGUUCCUCAAGAACGCAGCGCAUGGCUUCGAGUACAUGGAAGGACAGGUUGAUCAGGCGAAGAUCCUGCUCCAGUUUACCGUCCAGUUCAUGGCUGAAAAGACAUCCAAAGUUUCUUAGAGCUCUGUGUUUGAGAUUUACCUCUCAAACGCUCGCGAUAAGUGAGUUUUCGUACACAAUAAAAUGUAAGAACCUGGAGAAAUCCAUCAUCAAGUUUGAGAAAAAGGUUGAAA